AUGAAAUUUUUUCUGAUAUUGCUAAUUUCGCUAUUUUCAGCCCAAACAAAUGCCCAAAAUAAUUCUACAGCGAUCUGUGUAGACGAUCUCAGCAAAGCCACAAGCUGCCAAUUUGACGAAGACUGUCCAGUGAUUCCUUGCUUUGACAUGUUUUGUCCUCUUUACGUCUCAAAUUGUUCUUCUUUCCCAUGCUAUAUUAACAGAUGUGUCAAUGGCAAAUGCAUAGCCUUGACAAGAAUGCUUUCUAAUAAAUGCCAAAUAGGAGGAUGCAGCUCAGAAUUGUGUGUGUUUAACUCAACAAACGUGAAUUCGCCAUGUAUUUGGAAAAAUGAAUAUGCGUGCUACCAAGCUUAUGGGACCUGCGGCUUUACCAAUUGCACAUGUGGGUGGAUUCAGACGAACUCGCUUAUGGUCUGCCUUAAUCAAACAAGUGGAAACGCUACAAAUAGCACAGGACCAAAAUAA